CCACACUAUCACUGGGCAACUGGUCGUUGGUCAAAUGCUGCAGGUGAAAAAUAUGGCGCUUAAAAAUGAUAUGAAUUUUCUUGUUAAAUUAAUGAAAUAUAGUACAGUAUGUCGGAAUUUUGAUGUGAAGAGAAGAUUUUGUAAUUCAUCAUUUAUUUCUCCGAGAUUUUACGAAUAUAGAACAUACAGCAUAAAACAAAAACGAUUUAAUGAGUUUAUGCAACUUACAAAUGAGUGUAUUCACUUGAGAACUGCUCACUCAAAACUAAUGGGCUACUGGGUUACUGAAUAUGGUGCUUUGAAUGAAGUUUCCCAUUUAUGGCAAUAUGACAAUCAUGGACAUCGAACAGCAGUACGAUCUACUCUUGCAAAUGAUCAGGAGUGGAUUUCAAAUUAUCUAUCUAAAGUGCUGCCAAUGUUGACCAAACAGGAGAAUGUAAUAUUGUAUCCAUUUCCAUGGUACAAGAUUAUUGAAAAAACACUUCUGGAACAAGGCGUCUAUGAGAUGUGCCUAUAUACUGUGCUUCCAGGGAAAUUAGAGCAAUUUUCUCAUCGCUUUAGACAAGGUGUUGAGGAUCGCAAUAAAUAUUCUCAAUUAAUUGGAAUCUGGUUUAGUGAUUUUGGUGAAUUAAAUCAAGUCUAUCAUCUUUGGCAUUAUCGUACUCCAGAUGAACGUAUUGAGGUCAUAGAUAAGGUUGAAAAGGAUGAAAUGUGGAGAGAAACUAUGCGUGACUGCAAACUACUGUUGUCAAACAUGAGCUCAAAACUACUAGUUCCAACAAAGUUUUCUCCAUGGAAGUAAUUGCAAAAGUGAGGUAGAUCAUAGAUCAAUUAUAUUUUGUUAGGGUUUUAUAGAGGAAAGCUUAAUAUCUUAUUAAACAUGUGCAUGAAGUAGUGGUUCUUCAGAAAAUUGUACUCAAAUAGCUAUAAAUUCAACUAAAUUUUUGUUUUUACUUCAUUUAUCAAAACUAAAUUGUCAUCUUUCACGAAGAUUGACAUUUA